CGCACCGUGUACAUGAAGCAGGUGUAUGGCCCAGAACAAGAAGAAAAAUACGAACACACCUCGUUUUUUUUGUAUUUUAUCUAAAUGUGCAGUAAGUGAAUGAAUUAGAAAUACAUAUCUAUAUAUAACAAGAGAAAGACAGAAAAAGCGAAGCAAAACCAACUUGCGAAAACAUCUGUGCUUUCCCCAAAGGAUUUCCUGGUGCAUCAACUUCUUCCUCAUCUCCCACUCUGCAAGGUCAUGACCCGUUGCCAACACACCUCAAGUGCCCCAGUUGUACUACUAAUCCUGUUUGGUAUCACACAACAGCUCUCUGCCACCAUCCCUCUGAUCAAAGGAGGACACAGUAAUGAUGACAUCAAUGUACCACCCCCUCCAGGGCUUGCCAAGUUGUUUCAAUCUGAACUGGAAGGGGGUCAAGUCAGGGUAGAUAAAGAACAGAACCCUACCCAGAGCCUCCCAGAGGAAGAGGAUGAACUGUUUAAAGAUGUGGACCCCAAAACCUUAGCGGCCGUUCUGCUGGAGGCUCUUAACCAGCCAGGAGAGUCUAAGAAGAGCAGUAGGGUAGAGAUGGAGGAAAAGAACAGAGGAGCUGAGGGAGAGGGAAAAGGGCAAGAGGAGCUAGCACUGCUGGGUUCAGACAGGGACAGAGAUGGAAAGCAGGAGCUGGAGUUGGUGAUGGCAGCUGCGGCAGCAGAGGGAAAGGAGGAGCAGGAAAGAGAAGAGGAAGAGAGGAAGAGGGCAGAGAAAGAAGAGGAACAGUUGACGGAGAAGGUGAAGAGCAGGACAACCAGUCAGGCCAUGCCAGUGAAGGAGCAGCCAGAGAAAGAGGCUGUCAAAGAGCAGGAGACCAGAGAGGAGGAGCAUCAGGAGCCAGGAGAUGAGGAGGAACAGCUUAGUUCACAGGAGGUGAAGAACCUGCAGACAAUGUUGGAGGAGUUACAGAGCUACAGCACCGCCACCAAGAGGGAGAGGGACUCUGGAGGGCAGAGGGAGAGCAGGGGCUCCUUUCAGGACAUGGACAAUGGCUUUCUGGACAAUGACAUUAAGCCAAAGCCGAAGGGAUACCAGCUGGCUCUUUCAAAGAAGAAACUGAAGUGGCAAGAGGAGGAACAGAAGAAAAAAAACACACCUCUGUACCGGGGAGGCAACUUCAUGGAUGAUUUUGAUGACAACAUCAAAGGGCAAAAUGAAGAGGAUAAGGAGGAUGAAGAAGAUGAGGAGGUUUUGAGCCCAGAAGAAGAAGAGGCAAGGGCAAAGGCAGAUCAAGAGGAAGUGAGGAGGCAGGCAGCAGAGGCUCAGAGGGCUAAAGCUGAAGAGGAGAGACUAGCUGAUAUUGCUUCUGAUAUGCUGCUUCAGUACAUGGUCAAACAAGAUGGGAAGAAAUAUAUGGAUCAGAGCAAGAAAACAUCACAAGGGAACAAUGCAGCAGAAGAUAAGCGUUCUGAAGAAGAGGAUGAUAGUGAUGAUGAUGACAUUGACCCCCAGACAAUCGACAAACUCAUUGAAAUUUCAAGUAAGCUGCACCUGCCUGCAGAUGAUGUAGUUGACAUCAUCAGUGAUGUAGAGAAAAAAAAGAAAAAGGAUGCUCCUGAAAAUGUACCUUGGCACCGCCCUGUUGCUCCAGCCCCUGCUCCUGCCCCAGCCCCCCGAAAUCCUGCUCCAAAGCUAUCAUCCUCUCUCACAAGCCCUUCCAAGACAUGGGUCAAAGACAAAGCUGUAGUCAAGCCAAGCAAACAGGAUUUCUGGCCAAAGUUGCAGAAGCAGUUUCGCACCUAUCCAACAUAUUCAUUUGUUCAGAAGCCUUACCGUGGCUACUUCCCCAUUUAUUUCCCACCACCAAAGCCAAAACCUCAGUAUUAUACCAAGCCCACAUUCUCCUUCAAUGACCUUUUGGGAAACUCCCUGGACUAUGAUUUUGGCUUUCCCCCAAAAAGAAGGUAUCGACCCUGGGCUCAACCUCGUUCUCGAAACCCACCGCCCAUACGCCGAAACCUGUACUUCAACUACAUCCUUCCCCAUCCCCGGACAUUCAAGCCUGUGCCCAUGCCUAAACCUCGCUCACCCCCUCGACGCCGGCCCUCCUUCUACUACCCUCCUCCGGCUCCAAUGGUGCCCCGCAAUGAAGACUACUUUGAUCCAGUGGGGCAGCAGCAGCAAGACAAUGAUGAAGAGUUAGAGAAUUUCAUCGAGAAGGUCUUCCUGAAGCAUCCCAGAAUGUUUCAGUGAAGGCUAAGGGAGAUUAAAUUGUGUAAUGAAGAGACUGAGGAGGAAGGAAGACAGAGAAGGAGAGAGAGAGACAGAAAGAAAGAGAGAGAGAGAGAGAGAGAAGAGAGAUAACAGUGGAAAGAUUGCCUUUAUUUCCACUCUUUGAGUUUUCUAAUAGGACAGAUCCAUGUUUCCCUCCCUUUUCAUACCUCGGUCCGCUAAGGUAUAUUGGUUUGGUAAGAAAGCAUAUGGUGUGGAAUUUCCAUAGCGCCAUUCUGGUCACUUUGCUCUUGCAUGUAUCAGAUAAGGAGUCAGGACCUGAAAUAUCUACAUUCCCUCAUUCCUCCUCCAGCCCUGGAUGAACGAAUUGAGGAAGGGAGCAAGCAAAAGUUAUAUGGAUGAGCUAAAUACAAUUUAAAAUAUUCGAACAAAAUUCCUUCACAGCACAUUCCUUUGCUCCCUGUCAAGGACAUCGCUAUCAGAAAACAAAUUGUUUUCUGAAGAGACACAUGUCAUCUCAGAUGUAUCCUGCUGUCCCUGCAGAGCCAACAAAAUCACCUCAGGCUGAAAUUCAAAACUCACAAUCCAUGUAUUACAAAUGACCACUCCUGUGACUUCUUAAGACAUAUCCCUCUACAGUACGCCUUAUGUGUUGAAUGGCAUUAAUAUUUGUUGAAGUGUAUAUAAUCUAGAACCCACCAGUCCAGAUACUGGAUCUCUUCAGUAACAACAGGUCAGUGCUUUAAAUAUGUGACAAUGUGGAAAAAAAUGAGCUGCUCUUAGCUGUGAAGACAUCCUUUAAAAAUCAUGUGGUACGCACAUAGUCGAAAAAAGGUGCCAUGCUGGUAUGGAAGUUUACAGAAAAAUAUUUGCAACGCAGCCCUUGGCUAAAGGAAGUUUCUUUGUACCAAAUGUGAUUCAAAUGGUUUUGUUACCUACAAGUAUUAUAGUCCUUAUUUGUUAUUAUGAGCAUUUGUUUAACAAUGCCAAUGUUUAAAUGUAUGCUUUGUAUUAUUUAAUUUUGUUCUUUAUUUUACAUAUUUAUGUACUUACUGAAAGUGGUGCAAAACGCAUUCAUACAUUCCGAAAUGACUGAGGAACAAAGAGAUUUUAUGUAAGCUGUUAGGAACACAAUUUAUUGCCUUAACAAGACGCACUCCCCCUUUCUAUGCUAGAAUGCCUGUUGGCAACAGACCCUCUCCUCCAGCAAAGGCACGUCACAUAUAAUCAAGUAAGGACAGAAUACAGAACAUGGACUUUUUCUGAAAAUAUCCUGAUAGUAUGAAAAUAACAAGUGGACAUGGUUAACAUCUUAGCAUUUCUAGAUUUCAUCUAAACUGAUUUCAUUCCAAAUGCCUUUAACCUACAACACCCUGUUGGGAUUUUAUCCCAUAAGAGAUACCUUUGUUGACAAUACAACAUUAGAGUAAGCGAGUUAUAGAGACCAGUAAUACUGAAUUAAUACUCUACUUUCGAGAGGGGGUAUUGAGUUUGAGUAGGCUGUAAAGCAACCUGCUCUUUGAAAACAUUAUGGUGCCUAGGAAGAUGGACAUGCAGUACCUGCUCCUGCAGUGAAUUUAGAGGCAUCAUCACUCCAGUGCUCCCUCCACACCAACCCCAUCAAUACCAUCUAAGCUUUUGCUUUUGUAAAGAAUAUUUUUUCCUGUUUGCCUUCAUGUUAAUCUCCUACAUUUGUGACACAUAACCAAAUUACAAUGUCACUGACUAUUGUUAAAAGAUUACAGCAAUUUGGCGUGGUGACAUACUCAAUGGAAAAUCUAUGUAUGCAUGCAAAGACAGGAAACAACAUAUCUCACGUUGUCCCUUUAUUUAAGUUUAUCACAUCUGGCAUUCCUCAAGGUCAGAGGAUCAUCACUUCUGGUAAAAUCGGAUACACAGGUCCCAUCCUUUUCACCCAGAAGUGGCAAAAAACAUAUGCAUUCUCUAUUACCUUAUCCCCAUAGAAACAAAUACAUAGAAAGAAUACGUGGAGAUACUGAGGGAGGUACAGUAAGAAAGGUUUAUUUAAAGAGAUUAUUGCAAAGAGGAAAUAGAAGGGGUAGGAAAAGAUGAGAGUAAUGAAAGGGGGAGCAUCGAGUCAAAAAAUGAUUGAGUCUGCACGUCUAUGUGUACUUGCAUCUCUAAGAAAUGUGUUGCUUCUUUGAAGACAUUAUGAGCAUUGAUAAAAAGUAAAAAAAAAAAUCAAAUGAUGACUAGCAUACUUGAGUAAUCCUGUUAAGUCUUGUAAAAGGAAACUUUGUUGUUGAUGUUAUUUAUAGAUGUACCUUGUACUUACCGUAAUAAACAUGCGUCUGCUGGAUGUAAAUAACCGCAUGUUGAUGACUAGUUUUGCUACACAGAGAUCUAUGAAUAAAAACAACUAUUUUUUAUUAA